AUGUGUUUAACCACUACUGACGACGACGAAUCAACAUUUGACAACAGCAGAAGCUUUAACAAUCCACUCAAGAUUGCUGUUGGUCAAGAACAACAUCAGCAACAGCAAAAGUUACCAAUUAAUAAUGUCAGUAAUACUAGAAGUCAUAGUAAUCAUAGACGACUUCCUUCACUGUCUCAAUCGUCGAUUGAACCACGUAAACGUUUAAAAAAGUAUCAAAAAGCCAGUACAUUAACUUGUCAAGUUUACUUCGCUCCUUAUACUACCGCUACUAAUACUAGUAGUGGUCGUAUUAAUAAUUCCACAGAGAAAUAUGUUAUCCCUAGACCGGUAUUACCUCGACGUCAUUCAAUGGCAUCGUAUAAUAAUAAUAUUAAUCAUAAUAAUAAUAAUAGUAAUAAUAAUAAUAAUUUUAUUCUUUCUGAUUGUUUUACGCAUUUACCUCAUUGA